AUGCCCUCAUGGUGCGAGGCUUCAAGAAGCAGCUUUAAUGGAUUUGAUCAUUCUUAUGGAAGUUUCAAAUCUGAUAGCUUAAUCAAGCGAAGAGACGAUAUCACACGUUUGAAAAGCUUCGUAAGAGCCUCUUUGCGAUCAACAACCGUUAGUGUUUCUGAUUUUGGAGCUAAAGGAGAUGGCAAAACCGAUGACACGCAGGCGUUCAUGAAUGCGUGGAAGAAAGCUUGUUCUUCAAAUGGAGCUGUUACUCUCUUGGUUCCCGAAGGGAGGACUUAUUUCCUUAAAUCUAUUCGAUUUACUGGUCCAUGCAAAUCAAUCCUUACCGUUCAGAUUUUUGGAACGUUAUCGGCAUCUCAACAGCGAUCGGAUUACAAAGAUAUCACCAAAUGGAUUACGUUUGACGGCGUUAACAGUCUAUCUGUGGAUGGCGGCGCCACCGGAACUGUCGACGGAAAUGGUGAAACGUGGUGGCAAAACUCAUGCAAGCGGAAUAAAGCGAAGCCGUGCACAAAAGCCCCAACGGCUCUUACUUUCUACAAUUCGAAGAGUUUGACAGUAAAUAACCUGAGGGUGAGAAAUGCGCAACAAAUUCAGGUUUCGAUUGAGAAAUGCUCCAACGUUCAAGUCUCCAAUGUCGUGGUAACUGCGCCCGCGGAUAGUCCUAACACCGAUGGUAUUCAUAUCACUAACACACAAAACAUUCAAGUCUUUAAAUCCGUUAUUGGAACAGGCGAUGAUUGCAUAUCUAUUGAAAGUGGAUCGCAAAACGUUAAAAUCAAUGACAUUACUUGCGGUCCCGGUCACGGUAUCAGCAUUGGGAGCUUAGGAGAUGACAAUUCAAAGGCAUUUGUCUCGGGGAUUACUGUAGAUGGUGCUAAGCUCUCCGGUACAGACAAUGGAGUUAGAAUCAAAACCUACCAGGGAGGGUCAGGAACUGCGAGCAACAUUAUAUUUCAGAAUAUUGAGAUGGAGAAUGUGAAGAAUCCGAUCAUUAUCGACCAAGACUACUGCGACAAGAGCAAAUGCACCGAACAGAAAUCCGCGGUCCAAAUAAAGAACGUGGUGUACAGGAACAUAAGCGGCACGAGCGCAACGGACAUUGCGAUAACGUUUAACUGCAGCAAGAACUAUCCAUGCCAAGGGAUUGUGCUUGACAAAGUGAACAUUAAAGGAGGGAAAGCAAGUUGCACCAAUGCUAAUGUGAUGGAUAGAGGCUCUGUUUUGCCUCAAUGCAAAUCCACUUAA